AUGGCAUACAGUUUAUCGAUGGAGGUGAAAAGAUUUCUUAUUCUAACAAUAUUUGCAGUAUUUCUUACGACGGAAGUUUACUGUGAAUGUCCAGUUGGAUGGAUCCCUUACGAAUCAAGCUGUUAUUUGUUUUAUCAACAUGGAAAGCAAUGGACGGCAGCUGAGGACUAUUGCAGAAGCCUGCAUUCCUAUCUCACCAAUAUUAACGAUGAAUCUGAAAACCAGUUUCUUCAAAAACAACUAAAUUUACACGGAGAUACGGCUGAUUUUUGGGUUGGAGCAACUGAUGCCAUUAACGAAGGUGGAUGGAGAUGGAUGCCAGAUUUUGAUCCUAUAGGAUAUGAUGACUGGAUUCCUGGACAACCCAAUGAUGACCAUGAUCAGGACUGCAUGCAGCUCUAUCACAGAUAUCAAUAUCAUUGGGAUGAUGACCAUUGUAAUAAAGCAAAUUCUUUCAUUUGUGAAAUGAAAAAUCCAGGAGAGGAACACCAGAUAAUUGGAUAAUUCUUUAA